AUGUCUGUCAAGACCCCUCCCAUCAAAGACCUGCUCGAGGUCACCGAGGACCAGGAGAAUGGCCUCACCUUUAUGAAGAACGUCUCCAUCCCGCUCAAAGACUCCCCGCUCCCCAUUCGCGCGAACGUCUACCUUCCGCUCACUUCGGAUAAGGCCGCACGUUACCCUGUGCUGGUGACUUACGGACCAUACGGCAAAGAUAUCCCUUAUGCCAAGUUCUAUCCCAAGUCGUUCAGCGAGGUUGCUCCAGAUCAGAGAUCCAAAUACUCGGCCUGGGAGACGCCCGAUCCGGUCUUCUGGACGAGCCAGGGAUAUGCUAUCGUUCGAGCCGACGAGCGAGGACUGGGCCAGAGCCCAGGACUGUUGGAUACCAUGAGCCGUGGCACGAGCGAGUGCUUCUUUGACGUGGUUGAGUGGGCUGCAGAUCAGCCCUGGUCUAACGGCAAGGUCGGUCUGUUGGGUAUUUCGUAUUACGCUGGUUCUCAAUGGCGCGUUGCCGCUCGGCGGCCCAAAGGUCUCGCGGCUAUCAUCCCUUGGGAGGGUAUGUCCGACUACUACCGCGACCGCUGCCGUCACGGCGGCAUCCACUCCAAUAAGUUUAUCGGCUUCUGGUGGAACCGCCAGGUACUGGUCAAUCAAUAUGGCAGGAAAGAUAGAUCCAAGCUGGACUUCCCUCCAGAUGGUCCUGGAGCCAGAGGUCAGGAGGACACCAUUGAGGGUGACCUGCCAGAAGACGUCCUGGUAGCCAACCGUCAAGAUCAGACGAAAGACAACGAAGCUAACCGCUUCCGCGACGAUGACUACUACGCAAGCAAAGAAUACAAGCUCGAGGACAUUGAGGUUCCUGUUCUGAGCGUAGCCAACUGGGGUGGCAUCCUUCUUCACCUGAGAGGCAACGUGCAGGGAUACCUCGGAGCAGGCUCCCAGCUCAAGUAUUUGCGCUUCAUCACUGGCCGUCACGAUCUCCCAUUUUACUACCCCGAGGAAGUGGAGCUACAAAAGAGUUUCCUCGAUGCAUUCUUGAAGGGUGAAGAUAGAGUCGGCUGGAGCACGCCUGGCAAGGUGCCUCCCGUGACGCUUACUCUGCGAAAGGGCAACGUCGGAUUCAACGACGCCGAGAAGGAGAAGGCGUAUCCCAAGAGAGAGGAAGCUGCUUGGCCAAUUCCGCGAACAGAUUACACCAACUUCUAUCUGACGCCUGACCUUGGUCUAACGACAAAUGGCUCCGGCCAGGAUUCCAAGACUGUCUCGUAUAAGGCUUUGGGUUCCCUGGAGAACCCUCAAGUUGUUUCCUUCACGUCCGCUCCCUUUGAGCAAGAGACGGAGAUCACAGGACACGUCACGGCCCAUCUCAACGUCUCGGUGACGCCCGACAACUCGGAAAAUGAAACCGAUAUCGACCUCUUCGUGACCCUGCGCCACAUCGACCCAUCGGGCCAGGAAGUCUUUUACACCGGAACAGCUGGCGACCCCGUGCCGCUCGUCAAGGGCUGGCUGAGAGUGAGCAAUCGCAAGGUGCACCACGAGAGCCCCAAGCACAAGUCCUGGCUGCCGCAUAGAGAGUACCUCUCCACAGACGUCCUGCCAGUCAAGGCUGGAGAGGUCUACGGCGUAGACAUCGAGGUCUGGCCGACAAAUGUCGUUGUCGACAAGGGCGGCAAGAUCGUCUUCGAGGUUAGCAGCGGCGACACCCAGGGCAGCGGAAUUUUCCAGCACUGCUCAGAAGUUGACCGCUGUGCCUGUGCCGAGUUUGCAAGUUGGUUUGGGCUCCGAGUCCCUGAUCCGAGCCUCCUACGUACCUUUGGUGGGCCGGAGUUAAAAUCCGGGGCCGGUGGGGGUGGGGGAGAGCGGGUGCGCCGAGCCUCAAAGCCGACCCUCAAUGCUUUGGCGGCAGUAGAAAAGACGGAGCUCGGGAUCCUCCGAAAGAACAUUCAACAAACCCUUUCCGACGAAUCGACUCUGUCUGAACAUGGCGUACCGAUCGCCGAGGUUCAGCUACACUUGCCAAUCAAAGUAGACGGCUUCACCGAUUUCUCGUGCUCCAAAGAACAUCUCUUGAAUGCGUCAGAGGCAGUUGUGGGCAAGGCCUCCAUGCCACCCGCAGCACCGUACUUGCCCAUCGGCUACAGUGGUCGGCCUUCUUCGAUUGUACUUUCGGGGACGAAUAUCACGCGGCCGUACGGGCAAUAUCGUGACGGAAACAGUAUUGGUUUCGGUCCCUCCAGAGCGCUCGAUUACGAGCUCGAGGUGGCUUGCAUUAUUGGGAAACCGACGCAGCUUGGAGACCGCGUAGCUGUGACGGAUGCUGACGAGCAUAUCUUUGGUCUCGUUCUGCUGAACGAUUGGAGUGCUCGCGAUAUCCAAGGAUUUGAGAUGAGUCCGCUGGGACCGAUGAAUGGCAAGUCAUUCGGGACGUCCAUUAGUCCGUGGGUGAUCACACUCGAAGCACUCGAACCUUUUGCAACACAACCUCCUCCGAAAGAUAUACCCUCGCAGCCAUACUUGUUGGACAACAAGGAGAAAUCGAGUUACAAUAUCGCCUUGAAGGCCGAAGUAGUAACUGGCAACGGGGCUACGACGGUGUGUAAGGCGCAGCUCAGCUGGAUGUACUGGACGUUCCGCGACCUAGUGGCCCAGCAAACAAUCAAUGGGUGUAAUCUCAACACUGGCGAUAUUCUGGCGACGGGGACGGUGUCGGGAGCCGGCGAUGACGAGCACGGGUGUCUGCUAGAGAUGACCAAGGGCGGCAAGGUCGGUUGGAAGACGUCCACUGGUCAAGACAGGAUGUAUUUGCAGGACGGAGACGGCGUGCGCAUCAGCGGGCAAGCUGGGGAUGGCGUGGGGUUUGGUGACUGCGUGGGGUUCAUCGGGGCCGCUCGGCCGUUUGGAACAGCACAGGUCCAUUUGUGA